AUGACGUCGAACGAUGAAUCCUCCUCGAAUACUACGAACACGAUCAGUUAUGUGUCGAUAUUCAGCGGCCAGACGCUGAUUCUCCCUCAGGUGGGGAAAAAGAAUGAAAGAAACUUUGACAUCGACAAACUCGACGAUGAAACCAGGAAUCGAUCGGAUACGGCAAAUGCAGAAAAGUCAACGACUACGUCAAAAUGAACCGUAUCGGCGAGGGGACUUACGGGGUUGUCUACCGCGCUCGCGACAACGUUUCUUCCGAAAUUGUGGGUUGGAGUAGAUGUGAAUUGACUAGGGGGGAGAAUUUGAAGUUUUUUGGAAUUUUGCUGGAAGGGCAAUAUUUUUUGUAACAGUUGAAGGUCUGGGGAUCCGCAUAACUCAUUAAUGGAAAGUUAGGAUGUUGAUGAAAAAAAGGCGAUUUUUUUUUCUGGUGUUCACUUGUAGUGUAACCAAAUAAGGAAGGUUUUUUCCAAUCGACACUCAAGAAUUUUCUGGAAAAUGUUCGAAGGACUUUUUGAGAAUGUUUACUACGAAAACUUGAUUUUUAAAGCUUCUUUUGUUCUCAAAUAUGUAAGUUUUGGCAAAAUAAGGAAUACAUUUCUAAAUAUUUUAGAUGAAAUCGAAAGUCGCUUUUCCUACAUUUUAAAGCGAGUAAACUGACUUCGUAAACUCUGAAAAGUCCAAAAGACUCUGCAAAACUUUCAACAAAAAAAAAACCAAGCGAUCCCAGGUGGCGCUGAAACGAGUUCGCAUCAACGAGAAGACGACGGAAGUUUGCGGGAUCAGCGAGUCGGCUCUCCGGGAGAUAACGCUGCUGAAGAAGGUCCGCCACCAGAACCUGGUGCUGCUCAAGGUUCGGCGUCGUUGGCAACGAGGCGAAGUCUCCUCUGAAAUGUGUUUGCACAGGAUGUCGCCGUGACGCGCGACCACAAGGGCAUCUUCCUCGUUAUGGAGUUCUGCGACAGGGUCCGUCUUUUCCGAAUCUAUUUUCGAAACAAAAGUUUCUACCAAGCAAUAUUCGACCAUAUUCCGGAUAUCUGAGAGCUUGUUUCAAAUAGUUUCGAGUCGAAGCUCAAUAUUUGAGAGUUCGGUUCAGAAACGCUUUUUUGAGGGUCAUUUUUCAAGAAUUCAUUGUCUCAAAAUAGAGGUCCAAAUGUUGAGAACCGAAAGUGUUAAUUUUUGGAAAAUGCUCACAAGGAAGGUCAUUUCACAAGUUGAGAUUUUUCGAAAAUUAGCAAGAACACUGCUUGACAUACCAGAAAAAUAUUCUGAAAGCCUCAAUCUGCACAACUUUUUAAUGUUUGAGAAACGACAUAUCGAAGUCAAAGAAGUUAGAAUAGACCGCUGAGGGCCUUUAUCUCUUGAACGUUGUGCAGGUUGAGACUUUCUUUUUUAUGGUAAACCAAUGAAGCUCAAGUUUUAGGAAAUUCCCAAACGCAAAGGAAUCGACUGACCUUGUUAGAAAGUAAAAAAAGAAUAUUCAUACCAAAUUUAACUGAUAAAUCAAAAAAAUUCUUCAGAGAAAUCUCUCAAAAUUUGCUGAUGAGAAUUUAUGAAAAAGCUCCAAAUCAAAGACUCGUUCGAAGUUUUCAAAAUUUGCAAGUUUGAUUUAGAAAAGCUCUUUUUUUGAAGUAGCUUCGUUCAGAAAUUUUUUUCUUUAAACUUUAUGUUUGAAAUUUAAUUUUUCUACAAAAAAAGGUUGAAAAAAAGGGCAGUUAAAAAAAGUUGAAAAUGAAUUUUUCAUUUUGAAAUAAAAAGUCCUUCUUGGAGCCUCUAUCUGAUAGAAGAACCUCUGAUUUGAGGACCUCGCGGCGAUUCUCGACCACAUGGACACGCCUUUCGCACUGCCUGACAUCAAAUGUAUGACGAAGCAGCUUUUGGAAGGUCUGGAGCAUCUCCAUCGCCAUUUCAUCAUUCACCGGGACCUGAAGGUUCACAAAACAAGUUUCCUAAAAACUGUUUAAACUGUUUAUUGCAUCUUCAAUGUAGGAAUACAUGUGCAAUCGACUUUCAUUGAUUUAACUGUGUUUUAACGGCGGCAGGAGCUGUGGCUUAGGCCGAGAAGCUGUGAAUUUGGCUCGUAGAACAUCAGGUACAAGAGAGGUCGUAGGAAGAAGUACGGUGCCGGCUUUCCAAAGGCCGAUGGCAGAGAUUGAGCCUUUUCGCUGCAUGCAGCUCCCAAUUUUAUCUACUCCGGAGGGAUGAAAGGCUUGGUCGACCUCGGGGGGACUCGAUCCUACGACCUCGCGGACGUUAGAAAUGAGUCUUACCAGCUGAGCUAUGCCCCCCUUCCUAAAAAAUUGACUAAAAAAACCUUCUGAAAAAAAAAAUGUUUGAAGAAUAUCUUCAAUAUCAACUCAUUAAGCCAGUGAAUUAACAACUUGUGGGAAAAAAACAGAUGUUGCUAGGUCUCGAACUUACUGUUGACCACGGACGGAAUUCUGAAGAUUGCCGAUUUCGGCUUGGCCAGGAUGUUCGGCGACGAAGAAGUGGUGAUGACGACCCGCGUCGUGACUCUAUGGUCUCUGUGAAAUUAAAUAUAACACCGUAAAUCUUUUCCUCCAGGUAUCGGCCACCUGAACUUUUAUUCGGCUGUAAGAAACAAUCGUCCGGCAUCGACAUGUGGGCCGUCGGCUGUAUCCUCGGAGAACUUCUGCUCCAUCGGCCCUUGAUGCCUGGGAAGACUGAAAUCGACCAGGUGGGAGGCUAAUUAUCCGGAUUCGCUUAUCAAAGUCUAACGGUCGUUUAAUAAUUUUCAAUGCUUGGUUUGAGAAUGUUGAGGUUGAAGCUUCCUUUGGAAAGAUGGAUACUUGGAAAUCGAUUUUUGAAAAUAAAGACUAAUAUCAAAGUGCGAUUGGAAUGAUUAAUUGAACAUGUUUAUUUCAAAAACUUCCUUUUAGCAAACUUUACCACCUUGAAAUCUACAGAUCGACAAGAUCAUACAGCUUCUUGGCACCCCUACCAAGCUCAUUUGGCCGGAAAUCGAGCAGAUGCCCUUGCUCAAGAACAUGGAUCUCAAAAUACAGCAGUACAACAAUCUGAAGGUCCAGGAUGGCUUCUGAAUCACUGAGACUUAAGCUAUUCCAGAGGGUUUUCGAAUCUGCGUCACCGGCCGCCUUGUCUUUACUCAAUGAACUUUUCGCCUACGAUCCGGCCCGCAGAAUGACCGCCUCUGCAGCACUAAGACACCCCUUUUUCACGGUUGGAAUCAGAAAGAUAAGAUUGAAACCCAAGUAUCACUUAUUUUUGAAAAAAAAGCUAAAGUCGAUUCCAUCUGACGAAAACAGCCGAUAAACAUUGAUUAAUUGAUGAAAAAAGCAAAAAAAAGAUGCACUAAAUUUCAGGAGCUAACCUACUAAAAUUACAAAAAAUCUCUAUUUGUGAAGAAAGUAAGUCUUUGGGACUGCGAAAGGGGUGGGGUAGCCAAAUUAACAAAAAAAUGUCUAUAAUGAAUGUAUUUUGUCUGCAAGAAAGGUUUGAAAAAAAUUUAUGCUUUUUUUAGAAAUACCGAAAAAAACAAAAAAAGUUGAUAAAAAAAGUUAAGGAAAUAACACUGCGUAUUUUUUUCGCAAAAAUUCAGUUUUUUUCUUUCAAAGUUACUCAUUUUGUUUAAUGGCAGCUUUAUGUUGGAAUUUUCAUCAAACUUCGAAUAUAAAAAGGACUUCAGCUUUGUUAUAAUCCUUCUUUGUAUAAUCAAAUUAGAGUGUAUUUCCAAAGCCCCGGCCUUAAUAGACGCAAGCGGAGUUUUUCACCUUGAAAAAAAGUUGAGUUAUUGAUUGAAUGAUUUAAUCUCAAAUGAAUAGUUUUCCUUCAGGAACUCCCAUUGCCAUGUGAUCCAUCGCUCAUGCUUUUCCAUCCAGGACGACAAUUGGUGAAGCUCAAUCGAUGA